AAAACGAAAUUGAAAAAUUCAGUUGAGCCAAAAACAUCGCAACACCGAAUAGCACGGACACAAACCACAAAUAGCAACAAAUUUAUUACAAUUUUGUGUACACACAAAUUUGACAGUCAGCUGGCAAACGUUUUCAUCGCCAACAUAGAACACAACAAAUAGAAGCAGAAGAAGAAAAAAUCUGGGAAAAUUUUAUUUAUAAAAAAGUUGAUUGCAAUUUCAAUUGAAAAAAUAAAAUGAGUUUGCCGGUAAUUAUUGCGGGCAUACAAAGCACUGCAGGCGCUGUGCCAGUGCGAAAUGAGAAAGGUGAGAUUUCUAUGCAAAAAGUAAAAGUGCAACGGUACGUAUCAGGCAAGCGUCCAGAUUAUGCACGAAAUGAUUCUAGCAGCGAUGAGAGUGACUUGGAAGACUUCAUCGAUCAUCGGAAGCGCACAACUGCCGCAAUUGCGCAGCAGGAGCGUCGCUUAAGGCGUGAAGAGGAAAUUGCACUUCAGCGAGCAGCCGAUGAAGAUGAUGAUGCUGAAUUUGAUGAUCCACGUUUAAGGCGACUACGUGCACGUCCCGUAGAACAAGAUGAUGUAGAGCUGGAACGGAAAGAUCGUCAUCGACAUGUACAUGAGCCAGAAUUUGUUGAAACAGAAUCAGAGGAAAGCGAGAAUGAACCCAACCGCACUAUUGAAGCAUCGACAAAUAAAAUCACAUUAGCUUCAGAGUCUGACUCUGAUUCAGAAUUAAGUGAAACUGAAUUGGAGAAGAGACGUAUGAAACUACGUCAACGCAUGUUGCAGCAACAAAAAGAAGAAGAGAUUUUACAAAAAGAAGAAGAAAACAAAUCAGAAUCAUCAGAUAGCGAGAGUUCAGAUUAUGAGGAGGAAACUGAAAGUGAGGAAGACAAUGAACCACGUCUAAAACCACUUUUUGUACGUAAACGCGACAGAGCUACAAUACAGGAGAAGGAACGUGAGGCACAGAAACAAAAACAACUCGAAACUGAAGCUAAGAAAUCUGCUAAGGAAAGACGCAGACAUACCCUACGUAUGGUCGAAGAUAGUGUCAAAAAGGAUUUGGAAAAGGUGAAACCUGACACCGCAGAGGCCAGAAUCGAUGAUGUAUGCACUGAUGAUGAGAAUGAUGAAGUGGAGUAUGAAGCCUGGAAAUUGCGUGAAUUGAAACGCAUGAAACGUGAUCGCGAAGAAAGAGAAAAUGCCGAACGUGACAAGCUUGAAAUUGAUCGUUUGCGUAACCUAACUGAGGAAGAACGUCGACAGGAAAUGCGCACAAAUCCAAAAUUAAUCACUAACAAAGCCAGCAAAGGCAAAUAUAAGUUCUUACAGAAAUAUUAUCAUCGUGGUGCCUUCUACCUGGACGAGGAAGAAGAUGUACUUAAACGUGAUUUCGCACAAGCUACACUGGAAGAUCACUUUGACAAGACAAUUUUGCCUAAAGUGAUGCAGGUUAAGAAUUUUGGACGUUGCGGACGUACCAAAUAUACGCAUUUAGUAGAUCAGGACACAACCAAAUUUGAUUCUCCCUGGUAUGCCGAGACAACAAAUAAUAUUAAAUUCCAUAAUGAAAAAGCUGGUGGCAUGAAGCAGCAUUUUGAUAGGCCAUCGCUGUCAAAACGUAAGAAAAUGGAAUAAUUAAUACAUUGCCUAACUGAUACAUUUAUUUGGUUAAGUAUAAAUACUCCUAACUUUUCACUAUAUUAACAUUUACAUACAUAUAUAUAUUACUUAUAAAUAUAAUUCCUUUUCGUAUGAAUAAAUUUUAAUUUCAA